UCGGGGCACCAAACCUCCCCGGCUGCGUUGACGUGCGCACGAGCCUCCGCAGAAGUUGACGCGCCAUCUUUAGAAACACUGAGCUCAGCGCUGAAUGAAACUUCAUUUCCGUCGCCUGCGAGGAGCCGCUUGCUGCAUGGACCGACUGCUUCACUUCCCAGGUUUUUGAUCAGUUCAGGUGAAAAUGGGGAUCAAGGCUCAGCGCACACGGUGCUUCUUUGAUAUUGGCAUCAGUAAUGUGCUCGUUGGCAGAGUUGUGGUGGAGUUGUUUUCAGACAUCUGUCCCAAAACGUGUGAAAACUUCAGAUGCCUCUGCACAGGUGAGAAAGGCAUUGGUAAAGGAACUCAGAAACCUCUGCACUACAAGGGAUGUCUGUUCCACCGUGUUGUAAAAGACUUCAUGAUUCAAGGGGGAGAUUUCAGUGAGGGCAAUGGAAAAGGAGGUGAAUCCAUCUAUGGAGGCUUUUUUGAAGAUGAAAGCUUCGCUGUUAAACACAACAAGGAAUACCUCCUGUCGAUGGCCAAUAGAGGCAAAGAUACAAAUGGAUCCCAGUUUUUCAUAACAACGAAACCCUCACCGCAUCUGGACGGAGUCCAUGUGGUUUUUGGUCAUGUGAUCUCUGGCCAAGAGGUUGUUCAAACCAUGGAGAACCAGAAAACAGAUCCUAACAGCCGACCAUAUGCAGAUGUGAAAGUUUUAAACUGUGGAGAGCUGGUCCCCAAAUCUAAAGCCAAGAAGGAUGAAAAAAAGAGAGCGCAAGCCUCCAGUUCCAGCAGUAGCUCCAGCGACUCUGAAAGCUCCUCAGAUUCCUCCUCGGACUCUGAAGAGUCCGAGAAAGAAUCCAAGAAGCGGAAAAAAAGGGCAAAGAAGCUAAAAAAGAAACAGAAGAAGAGGGAGAAGAAAAGGUCAGAAGAUGAAAGUGCUGAAGAGAAGGAACAAGAGGAGACGGUUACAUCUACUGUUCGUCCUGAAGAAAUCCCACCCAUCCCAGAGAACCGAUUCCUCAUGAGAAGAAGUCCACAGGCAGUCCAAAAAUCGAAUGAAGUGGCUGAAAAGGAUCAGAGACAUAAAGAGGAAAGGCCGAGAGAGAGUUCUAGCACAACAUAUAAUUCUCAAUCAGCAUAUCACAGAAGACUGGUGAUGACGAGAUCUGGCAGGAAAAUUAAAGGCAGAGGUCCGAGGAGGUACCGCACACCAUCUCGCUCUCGUUCAAGGUCCAGAGACCGUUUUCGGCGAAGUGAAACUCCUCCACACUGGCGUCAAGAGCUGCAGCGUCAGAGAAUGAGAGCAGUCACUGGAGAGCGCUGGAUUAAGGGUGACAGAGGUGACAUGAAUGAAGCCAAGGAUGAAGCUGCUAAAGCACCGAGAAGAGAGAGACGAGCCUCCAGCACUAAGCGUGAAAGAACAGCUGAGGGUAAAAAAGACAAGAAAAGUCGGUCACAUAGAUCCAAAAGCAAAGAGGAAGAAACAGCAGAGGAUGAGAAGCAUAGAAAACACAAGGCAAAGAAACAAGAUAAAUCUCCAAGUCGCAGUAAAAGCAGAGAAAAGAGUAGAAGGUCAAAAAGCAGAGAUAAGGGGCACAAGCACAAUAGUGAUGAGAGGAGAGGUCGCUCAACAAGCAAAAACCAAGACAGUAAUAAGAAAGAAAAGGAAUCCGAAUCUGAUGGUACUAAAGAUAAAAACAAGAGCCACGAAUCUGACAAAAAACAUAAAGAGGACACAAAAGGGAGAAAUGGUGAGAGAACUAGAGCAAAGUCAAAAAGCAAGGAAAGAACAACUUCAAAAGAUGGACAUAGAUCGAGUAGCAGAAACAGGGAUAGACGUGGAACUUCAAAAGACAAAGAGGAAAAACGAGAGAAGGACAGAGAGAGGGGCAGGGAACAAAGCAGGAGUCAGGAAAGACGACGUGACAAUGAAAGAGAGAACAAGAGGAGAGGAACAUCCAGGGACAGGGAACGUCGCACAAGAAGUCCAGAUAGAAAUAAGACUAGAGACUCUCACAGAAGCAGGCGCACCAGAAGUAAGAGUAAUAAGAGAGAUCACAGCAAGGACCAUUCAUCUCAUAGAAAAGACAAAGUAGCUGCCAGCCAAAGGAGAGGACGUAGCAGCAGCUCCGAGAGUGACCGAAAUGAGAAAAGUAAAAGCCGAAAGAGACCAGAUUCCAAAACAAGACCAAAUAGUAAAUCCAAAUCUAAAGACAGACGAAGUCCAGAUAGAUCCAGACCAAGACCAGAUAGUACAAAAGGCAAAGAAAGAAAGGACAGCAAGAGGAAUAAAUCGAGUUCAAGCUCCAGCUCUGACAGCGACUGACCCCAUUGUGGGUACCCCGAAGGAACAGAUUUCUGGUUUGUCCCCAUUUAAUACCCACUAUACACACACAUGCAGCUUUUUAACUACAGUGGAACAUAUUCACAUUCCUCAUUCAUGGCAUCAAAAAAAAACGCACGCUUUUCAGGAGAACUUGAAAUCAGUGUCAAAAAUCAUUUUCAAAACUCCAUUAGUGUGAUACACUGAACAGGCAGAAGUCAUUGAAGGGAAAAAUGGCCCUAAGGGGAAAUUCUGGAAUUUUUUCAACCAGGUAUAUAAAUGGUGUAGUGUAAAUAAAUGGUACUCUGUAGGUUGACAGCAGCCACGACAUGGCAGCAGUGGCUACAAGGUAAUCCUAUGGGGUAACCGCAACAGUCCAUGAAAUGUCCACUAGAAGUGCUUUCUUUCACCAAUAAAGACUUAAAUUGUAAGUACGGAGUAGGUAACAAUUAGAGACGGCCAUCCAAGUCCAAUGCUGCAUCGACAGUGUCCACAUCAGAAGAGGGUUCAGCCAUUAUAGUUUCAUUAAAAUACAAACUCCUCUCUCCAUCUCUCACUUCUACCUCUGUCUUGCUGCAACAACCCAAGUCUCAUGGGACUCCUUGUUUAGCAUAUGUGUAAUCCUGACUGGCUCUUAGCAAAGACCCAGAAUAUGUUGAGCCUUUCAUUGGUGAAUAAAAGUCCUUUCAGUGGAAAUUUUGCAGACUGUCACAGUUGCCCCAUAAGUUUACAUGUUUACUGUGACAGUGUUGCCACUGCUGGUGGAGGGAAUCUACUGGACUGAUUCCAAGAAUGUUUGUAGGUACCUGUCAUUUACAAACCCACAUUUAUAAACAUAGGCCCCAGGUUAAAAAAUCCUGGAAUUCCCCUUCAAAACAAGAGAGCAUAAGAGUCAAACAAUAAACAAAACAAAAAUAAAUGUAACUACUUAAACUUGUCAUUAGAAACUGAGGCAGCACAGGAAAUUUGGCCAAACUGUUUGGCUCUGAAUGGGGAUUGUGAAUUCAUUGUAUAUUACUUUUGAUGGUUAGCUGAAGCUGCACAGCCAUUUUAAAGAAAUGGAUUUGAGACUGAAUAAGAAACUAGUAUCAGUACCAGAAUUUAUUUUAAUUGUACAUGACCAGAGGAAUUUGGGUUGAAAGUGUUUUGUUUUUUGUCAAUUUUUGGAUUUUUUGGGUUUAACAAAAUCUCUGAUAUCAAACCGUUAAGAAAAAAAAAAGAAGCAGAUUUGAGAUUCUACUAUACAAAGUUUUUUCCCUUGAUUACAUGUUCUACUCAAAUAAAUUUUAAUAUUAUUUAAAGCAGUUGGUUUUGGGGGUGACAACCGACUUCCAAAUUUGGUAAAUGUCUGCCGUUCAAGUUAUUUUCACUACACAGUCAGUCAGAUGGCGCACACCUAAAUCUACUUGCAUGUGUGCUUAGCCCUGACAUUAUUAGGUAAAAUACUGUAUGUACAUUACUUUUUUUGUUGUACAUCCACAGCCUUACUGUUAUCAUAUCUUUUAACUGGUUUAGUGAUAUCUCUGGAUUGUCUUUUGUUUACCUUUUUCUUUUUCUUUUUGAAAGAAGAAAUGUCAUUUUGAUGCUGUAAGUACAAUAUAAAAUCAGUUUGUAUGAA